AUGAGUGGCAGGGAAAUUUGCAUCAACUCUUCCUCCCCCCGCGAAGAAGCCAUUAAGUUCGUAACAAACGACUACAAGUACCGCUUGAAAGUGGACAGCUUUAUCGACGCGGGUAGACCCAGUGGGCUGGACUCUCAUGUAGCCCCAGUUACCAGAAGUUUCCAACUGGAUCCAAAAACGAGCGAAUACAAGUGCACCUACGAGACCGCCAAAAAAGGGAUCAAAGGAACCGUCUUCGAGACAGGACAGUCGUUCACUAUUCGUGAUGACUUUGAUUUCGCCAACCCCACGUCAACAGGGAAAGGCUACCAUGUGAAUGUGCAGCUGGGGACGGAGACCAGGGCCUACUGCUCAGGUCGUUAUUCCGAGAAUGACUAUUAUGACAGGACAAAUAUGACCGGCGAGAGGUAUUUUAUUGAUGGCAAAGACGAUGCUGCGGCGUGGUACACGAGUAAUUAUUCUAUCAAGCAGUAG